AUUAAGGUUUAAGGACUAAACUACACUGAUUUUUUUUUUGGUUACGUGAAAUCUGGUUACUCAACAACGUGAGAUUUUGAAGCAUCCUACAAAAUCUGAUCACAGCUGUAACAAUGGAUCAGAUCAGAUGGUGGGUCUUAUUCAUGCAUCAACAUCUGACUGUCAAUGUAUUUCAAUAAGAAGAAAAGGUCACCAUCUAAUUUUAUCUCAUCGAAUGCAGACACUACUUUCCCUUCCCACAGGUGCGCCAUUGGAUAACAAUGCCUCCAUGCAGUUUACGCAUGAGCUUUUUCUAUUACUUUUUAAUGCUUGCAACUGCAUCCAACUUGAAGGAUGCAAUAUAUCAAUAUUACACCAUUCUACAGAAUCUCUUGUGUAGUUUAGCUCUAAGUGAGGAAGUCAGCUGAGUAGUAAAACUGCCAGUAGGAGGGAUGGUUAGAUCAGUGGGACAGGGUGGAAAUGUGAGAGGCCAGAACUGUCAAAUUUAGCUUUUGCUUUAGCAUAUUGCGCAGGCCUAGGAAGUUACAUUUGGGUCUCUUAAAUAAAACUAAGAGGCUCUGAGCAGGAUUGGCACAAAAAUUGCAUGGGUGGGGGGUGCAGGAGAGGUGCUGAGGAACAGAACUGGGUGGGAGAGAAUUAGAUUAGAAAUAGGAGUAUGAGUAGGAUUUGUAGGUGUUUAGUAAGAUUAAUGAAAGUUUGCUUGAGUUUCAGAAACUGUAAUCAGCAAGAGCUAGAGGUGCUAUAGUUAGUUGCCUUACUUUGCUGAGCAGAAGAAGCCGUCGAUAGGAUGCUGCAAGAGGAGUAAUCGAGAAGUUGUCUGAGAAAUAAAACGUUAGGUUGAGUGUGAUGGGGAAGUGAAGAGGAUAUUACUGCAUAGGGGAGAAAAUUUAACUGGACAGAACGGGGAGGGCAGAGACUAAGCAGUGACUUGGACAUUUUUGGAGUUUUAGAGAGUAGGAUAUUUUGGUGGGUGAGACUAGAAUCUGAAGUGGAGGGUAUUUGUAAGGUGUUGGCUUUUGCAGAUAAGGAGCUGGAUGAGUUUCAGAGGGGCUUUAUUGGGAUGCAAUGGAUGAUGAAUCUGAGCCAGACCAGUGGGAUUAGGAGUGAGUUUGGUAGAGGAGUUUGUUGGGUUUGGGCAAAGUUGGGAUCUAGACCAAUAGGGUGGUGGUAGCAGCUCAUGGCUAGUGAGUUUUGGGGGAGGAAUGUAGGCAAUAUUAGAAAAUUAAUUUAGGCAGAACUUUGGUUCACUGGCUGCCUGAGUGAAUUCAGUCCAUGGGGGGGGGGGGGGGAGUAAAAAAUUGAAAUGCUAGAGAAUCAACAUAGUGGGUGGUGUGAGGGUGCUAGCUGAGAUACAGAGGGUGCUGAGCUUUGCGGUUUCUUUUCUAUCUGUGCUUCCUGUUUUUUCAUUGCAAUUUCUUCCUCUCCCUCCCUAAAGAACAAUGUUAACCCCUGAAGUCCCAGAUAAAACGUUUUUAAAAUUAUUUCUUAUCAUUAAACAUGGCAGUGCAGUUCUGUUCUUGUGCGACUAACAACACUAUGCCAUUUGUUGGAUUCAUUGUGUCACAUGACUGUGUCUUGUGGGUGUGCAAUACUGCAGUUGUCCUGUGUGUGUGUACACUUAUAGGUGUAAAAUGGGGGAAGGGUUGUGUUAGUAAUAACAAGCUCUGUUUGCCACAUGGCCUGGGUAUUAAGUAGUCAUGGGGUAACCUCAAUGCUUAAUAAGGGAGUUAUAUACAAACAAUGACACAGUAAAUGCCUGUAUAUCACUGCUCCCAAAAUAGGAGCCACUUGGGGUAACAGAGAGGGGAUUUCUGUAUACUGGGAAAAUACAGGGAGUCCCAGAAAGUCUUCUUAUUGUGUGACUCCAUAAGAGCAGGAACUGCAAGAGAAUUACAGCCGCAUGUUGCCCUAAAAACAGGACGUGCAGUCCCACAGGAAAGGAAGUGGCGGAACUUGCUCAAGAGCUUGCACUUAACUGUAAUCAUAAACUCUUUGUGGGCACCUCUGAGGGAGGGACUUUGAGUUAGACCCAAAGUGAAGGAAAACUAUGGUAAUGAUGUGAUGGGAGGCAUCCAGACACCCUGUGACCCCUGCUGGGACUGCCCCCCUGCAUGGAUGGCUCUAGGUAUGACGUAUCAGUCCCUGGGCUUGUGAGCGGAAGUUUCGCAGCCAGGAAGUUACAUUCUCACCGCAGGAUGUCAUAAUUCCCCUCCUACCCCCUCUACUCCCAUCCCUCAACCAGAGGUGGCAAUGUGUGUGUUCUCAUAGCUCUAUUCCUCCAUGGGACUCGGAGACAGGGAGAAACUAAGGGGCCUACUGCCAAGAUCCUCUGUAGUAUGGAUAGGAGUGGGAAUGUUUCCACUGGAGCAUACUCUCUGCAAUACACAGGGCCUGAUCUCAUCGAGUCUCCCAUGUCGCGAUAUGACAGGAACCAGCCCACCCGGAACCACCGGUCCAACCCCUGCUGUUUUUGCUGGUGCUGCUGCUGUAGCUGCUCAUGGAAUGAAGACCGAAACAGACGCAGGAGACUUUCUCGGGACACCAAGUUGGAGAUUGUCCCUCACUGUGAAGUUUGGUGAGUGUGAUGAUGAGGGAGCACCAAGAAGCCCACCCACUGACAGUUCCAAACCGAGCUCGGAGGAGGUGUGCAGCUGGGCCAGCUCCUUUGAGAAGCUGAUGAAGAAUCCGGCUGGCCGGAACGUGUUCCGCGAGUUUCUGCGCACCGAAUACAGUGAGGAGAAUAUGCUGUUCUGGUUGGCAUGCGAAGAGCUGAAGAAAGAUUACUGUAAGCACAGCAUCGAGGAUAAGGCACGGAUGAUAUAUGAGGAUUAUAUCUCCAUCCUGUCCCCCAAAGAGGUCAGCUUGGACUCCCGCGUCAGAGAGAUGAUUAACCGGCGAAUGCAGGAGCCGUCCUCCCAUACGUUCGACGACGCGCAGCUGCAGAUCUACACGUUGAUGCAUAGAGACUCCUUCCCACGUUUUUUAAACUCAGGCGUUUACAAGUCGCUCCUGCAGAACAUCUCGCGCUCCAGCUCCGAGUCGUAGGGCCGCCAGGGGCGUAAGAGCCAAACACUCAUUUUGAUUUGUUACAAGAACCUGAGUGGAGGAGUCUGUGUCUCUCUCUCCCACCUCAUUCCUAAACCUGAAACUGCCUGAGAGAAAAGCCGGACAGAGACUUGGAGACAGUUUGUGGGUUCUGCAUUUGGAGAGAGCGAGAUAGGGGCCCAAUUAUGCCACGCUCCUUUGAUCACUCCAGACUUUCUCCUGCACCACCCCCUACAGACAUUGGGGUGCAGGAACGCUAUACCUCAGGCUUACAAAACUACUGGAUAUUUCAGGAUGGGCUACAGGCAGUGGGUUAGAAUUAAUCCAGUGGUUCUAUGCCAGGGAGACCUGGGUUGGAAUGAAUGUCUCCUUCUCUAGUGCCAUUCUGAGCAGCACUGACUGUAUCUGUACCAGCUGGAGCGUCUGGACCUUCUCCCGUGAGGCAUUUGUAUGGGGCAGUUACCUGUCACUGGGAGAAAUAAUGAGCUUAGUUUCCUUGCCUAUGGAGGGUGGGUGAGUAGGUGCAUGUGUGGGACUGGGACAAGGGGGAUUUGGGGUCCUUGUAGAAUACAGCAAGCCGCAGAGGCAGCUCCUUGUAUUCACUUUAUACCUUUGCCAAAAUACACAAGCUCCACCCACUCAGUGCAACACACACCUGGGCUGGAGGGGAAGCUGUUUACAAUGAAGAUUUUUGAACAUCCUGGUUCUAAUUAUAGACUGUCUUGGGAAUCAUUGUUGGGGGGGGGAGGGGAAUUGCAAUAUUCUGCCAUCCAUUGGGUGUGGGACAUUUUGCCAGUUACUGCCCAGCCUUCCUACACUUGCCAAAUACCCAUGCACAGCCAAUGUGGCCACCUGACACCUGCCAAACAGUGUUACAUCAGUGUUACAUCACCUCCAAGAGAUUUUAAAGAACUUUUUAAAGAAAAAACAAAUAUAUAUAUAUGUACAAAUAUAUAUAUAAAUAUCA